AUGUUGAAAGGUCUAGUAGGACUAGUCUCAGGUGGAGCAUCGGGUUUAGGCAGAGCGACGGCGGAACUACUCGUAAAACAAGGGGGAUCUGUCAUAAUUUGUGACCUACCCAGCAGCAACGGCCAGUAUACCGCUAAGCAACUAGGUCAAAAUGUGGCUUUUGUCCCUACGGACGUGACAUCAGAACUGGAUGUAAAGAAAGCCUUGCAAACAGUAGUGGAUAAAUUUGGACGUCUAGAUGUGGCAGUCAACUGUGCUGGAAUCGGAUCAGGAAUAAGAACAUAUAAUUUUAAAACAAAUCAACCUUUUGACUUAAAACUUUUUCAGAAAGUUAUUGAGGUAAAUUUGAUAGGCACUUUUAACGUCAUCCGCUUGGCAGCUGGCUUGAUUGGCAAGAAUGCUCCUGAUGCAGAUGGCCAACGUGGAGUUAUCAUUAACACUGCCAGUAUUGCUGCUUUCGAUGGUCAGAUUGGUCAAGCUGCAUACUCCGCAUCUAAAGCAGGUGUAGUCGGAAUGACUCUACCAAUCGCCAGAGAUCUCUCUAAGCAAGGCAUCAGAGUCGUAACUAUUGCCCCUGGACUAUUUCGAACGCCAUUAUUAGAGAAGUUGCCGGAAGCGGCCAUCCGACAAUUGGAGGCGAGUGUACCCUUCCCCCCGCGCCUCGGCGCUCCACACGAAUUCGCGGCCUUUGUUCAAGCAAUUAUUCAGAACCCUAUGCUGAACGGUGAAACUAUACGUCUCGACGGAUCACUUAGAAUGCAACCA